AUGACGUUGCCUUUCUUAGAGGCGGUGGAUCGUUUUCUGAAGGCCAUGGGUUCGAACCCUGAUUUGCAGACCAUUCGGUCGAAUCAGUAUAUGGCAUGCAGGGCAAGGCUGAAAUCCGCUUCGCUGGAUGUCGCUGAAGCUUCCGUUGUGGUAGAGAAGCUCAGUGGCAUGCCUUGGACGGCGGAGCAGCUGGCGCAGCUCCAACAACAUGUGUGUUUGAAGAUGAAAGUGGAAAAGGAGCCUGGUGCCAAUGACAAGAACCGCCGUGCUCUUCAGAACUUCCAGGCCUUUCCGCGCUACCUCACCUCCAGCGUUUGGUUGGCUUUGCUUGGAGAGUAUCCAGGCUUGCGUUUUGAAAGGCUUCCUUCGGAGAAGACGAAUAGCAUGAUCGCAUCUUUGCUCAUCCACCGCAGUGGCCAGAACAUGGACGAUUUUCAAAAACAUGACCUGUUUGUGAAGGUCAAGGCGCAGAUGAAGAAACACCUGUCAUGCCUGGACGUCAAAGCAACCAACCAUUUGCCUUAUGUGACUAUGCUGCCGGAUGAUCCGGCCGAAUUCUCUCCUGAAUGGCAAGCAGUGGGCUUUCAGGAUGAAGCAAGGUGCGAGCCGACGCCGACUUUGCUGCUCAUUCAGCAGGGCGUGCGAGAGCGGCUACCCACCCUCCAGUCUUUGUCUUCAGGCGCUUCGAGUUCAUCAAGGACACCUUUGACCAUCGGGGUUCCUGCUGCGAUGCACCGAAGCAAGUCUUUCGAUGGCUUGGAGAAAGACAUAAAUUUGCAGUUGUUGAAUCGGCCGCCUGCUAGGCCAAUGCUGGCCUUGCCUCCAGCACCGGCUCCUUCGUUGGCUUUACCAGCGCCGGCUACUUCAUCGGCUUUACCUCGAGACCCAGUGCCGUCUCUUGCAUCGGAAGUACCUCCAGCUCCAGCUCCGUCUCCUUCAGUGGCUUCAUUGGCUUUGCCGGCCCCAGCCUCUCCAAGAGAGGAUGCCUUUUGCGAGCUUGCCAAAGCUGAAGCCAAGCCAACUUCAGAAAAUGAGGUGCCUGGUGAUCGUCCUGGACCAUCCAUUGAGGCUGUGGCUGAAGAGCUUCGGAAGAAAAUGGAAGUGGACAAGGAAGCCAAGCAGCGUGAGCCACAAAUCUUCAAGAGGUUGAGUUCUGAAGCGUUCUGGUUGACAGCUGGAGUCAUUUGCCAUGACAAGGUCAAUGGUGAUAUCGAUGGUGGGCUGUCACAUGUGAUCAGGAAUCUUCUCCUGCGUUGGUCAACAGAGCCUGCAGGAAUUCUCUCCCAGGGCGGCUUUGUUGUCAGUGUCAAUGGUCAGCCUCAUUUGGUACGUUUACAAAUGCAUGGACUAAUCAGCGACGAGCAGGCCAUGAAACUUAUUUUGCAGUGCAAGGGGGCAGCUGGCACAAAGCCUUGCCAGAGAUGCUACAAUGUCAUAAGCAAAAGACAUGGCAAAAAGUUUGGUCUGGAGGAAAACGACGUCUUACGUGAUAUCACUGAAUCGAACCCCAAUACUUUUUUGCGUGCCACUGAUGAAGACAUUUUCCGGGCGCUUGACUCAUUGGCUGAAAUCUGCGCCACACAGUCCACCGCAGAGGCUGAACGGCAGCAGAAGAUUUAUGGUUGGAACUGGAUGGAAAAUGGAUUGUUGGCUGAGACACAAGCCCGCAGUAUUCUCAGCCCAAGCAAAUGCCAUUUUGAUUUCUUGCACAUUUUGUUUUCAAACGGUGUUGCAAGUCGUGAGCUGACAUUGUUUUGGGAGGUGGUGACCAAACGCACAAACAUCGUCCUGAAAGAUCUCACCUCGUUUGCAAACGGAGGCUACACCUUCAGGAAGUCCCUUCAUGUCGGCAAAUCCAUGCUGAAAAAGCUCUUCGAUCCCCGACUUAUGGAGAAGACCUUGUACUCUGGUGACGCGAGUCAGACUGUGCUUGCAUUGUAUAUCAUGGAAGUGUUUGCUGACUUGGUGGUGGGAGACUUGGCUGCCAUCGCGCCUGCCAAGGAAUCCUUGUUUUGCUUGCGCGCGCUCAGCCGUUGGUAUUUCAGAUUGAAAGCCAAGAAGUGCAGACUCUGCGGGAGAAUAUCUGACUUCCUGAUCCCGAAGGUCAGCCAAUACAUUCAAUCAUUUGUGAAGGCCUAUGGCGGAAGCAAUGUUGUUCCCAAACACCACUUUGCAUUCCAUGCGGCAGAAAGUAUGGACCAACAAGCAAGUGUGCUUGACACUUGGGUGCAUGAGCGCAAGCAUCGGCUUUACAAGGAUGUGGCGCGCAACUAUCCCAGCAAUGAAACGUUCGAGUCUUCUGUGCUGGUCAAGCUCCUUGCCGUCCAAGAGCUUGAGUUGUGCGCCUUCAAGGAGAAGCACCUUGAACACAAACAGUCAGAGCCACUAUUUGCUGAAAGGAUUGGUGCUACGACGGUCUUCAAGGGCAACAGUUUGCACUACUUGGGGCAAACAAUUUGCGCUGGUGACAUUUGUUUGUUUGACAAUGAUGUGCAAAAGGGUGGCCGUAUCAUUUCGCGCGUUGAAAUUCUUUGGUCAAAUGGCAAAGAGCCUGAAUUUGCU